AUGGUGGGUGUUAUUUCGUUGGUAACAGGGAGGGCUGGUCCAAGUGGCUUUGGAUCAGCUUGUACUGCAGAACAGGUUACCGAAGGAAUUGAUGCUGCCAACCUCACUGCAAUUAUCACAGGAGGAGCAAGUGGUAUUGGGUUGGAGACAACGCGAGUGUUGGCACUCAGAAAGGUUCAUGUGAUCAUUGCAGUACGAAACAUGGUGUCUGCAAAAGAAGCUAAACAACGUAUACUAGAGGAGAAUGAGUCUGCACGAGUCGACAUAAUGAAGCUCGAUUUGUGCUCACUCAGUUCAGUUACAUCCUUCGUCGACAAUUUCUUAGCUCUUGAUCUUCCCCUCAAUAUCUUGAUAAACAAUGCUGGAGUAAUGUUCUGCCCCUUCAAACUCUCAGAGGAUGGGAUUGAGAUGCAAUUUGCAACAAACCAUCUUGGUCACUUCCUAUUGACCAACCUGCUUCUUGAAAAAAUGAAACAAACUGCACAAGCCACUGGAAUAGAGGGAAGGAUCAUUAAUCUGUCAUCAAUUGCCCAUAACUACACUUACAGAAACGGGAUUAGAUUCAAUAAGAUCAAUGAGCAAAAAGGUUAUGGUAACAAGAAGGCGUAUGGACAGUCCAAGUUAGCUAACAUAUUGCAUACAAAUGAGCUUUCUCGUCGCCUUCAGGAAGAGGGUGUGAACAUCACAGCGAACUCAGUCCAUCCAGGAGUGAUAAUGACACCUCUUAUGAGACAUUCUUCUUACCUUAUGCACUUCCUGAAGAUCUUCACCUUUUAUAUAUGGAAGAACGUCCCCCAGGGAGCAGCCACGACAUGCUAUGUUGCUCUCCACCCAAGCGUGAAAGGUGUAACUGGGAAGUACUUUGAGGAUUGCAAUCAAUACAAACCAAGUGCGCAUGCAAGAAACAAACAUCUAGCGAAGAAACUCUGGGAUUUCAGUAACGAGUUGAUCAAAUCAAUUUCAAAAGCUUGA